UCCUGGAUCGACUGCACUGAGGAUAUGGUGUGGUGUGGAGGAGAAGCAUAAAUGGGAGGGGUCCCGUAUGAUUCAAUGCCAGACGGAGAUCUUUGGAAAAGUUCGCUGUCAUUCAUAACGUGGUACUGGCCCCGGUCAGAGACGGUUUUCUUUUGGACGAUUCGCUCAUAUCCCCAGGCUCGUUACGCGAUUUGGUACGACCUCAAUCUGACGUAGACACAUUUGAGUGUUGCGUCAAACAAACACGACUGGCGAGGACCCUCAAUUGAAACACACAGACUAAAGACAAGAUGGCGAGGAAGUAUCUUGGUGGGUCUGGAGAAGCCCUCACGGUCUGGAUUUCCGUCGCUGCUAGUACCGUCCUGAUAUUCUACGGUUACGAUCAAGGUGUAUUCGGAAAUGUAAUUAUCAAUAAAAACUUCCUCGAAACAUUCGGCCAUCCAAGCGCAAAUAUGCAGGGAGUCAUGACCUCUGUCUACAACAUUGGCUGUUUCCUCGGCGCCAUGUCGACAAUAUGGACGGGUGACAUACUCGGUCGUCCCAAACAGAUUAUACUCGGAUCAACCGUGAUUGCUAUUGGCGCCAUCAUCCAGACUGCAUGCUGGUCAGUCCCACAAAUGAUGGUUGGACGGGUGGUCGCCGGACUGGGGACAGGUAUGAAUACAGCUACCGCAGGUGUAUGGCAAGCCGAGACAAGUAAGAUGAGCAGCAGAGGAAAGCUUGUUAUCAUCCAGAUGGCCAACUGCAUCACUGGCUUCUCCAUCUCGAACUGGUUGACUCUCGGCUUCUCCUUUGCACCUAAGGAUGUGGCAUGGCGUUUCCCAUUGGCAUUCCAGAUCUUUUUUACCCUUUGCAUCUAUGCCUUAUGUCCAUUUCUUCCAGACUCUCCUCGACUACUCAUCAGGAAAGGAAAGAAUGAAGAAGCGCUUGAGGUUCUUGCAGCACUUGAAGGGCACGGCGCAACAGUCGAUUCGCCAAGCGUCGUCGCUCAGUUUAACAUUAUCAAAGAUAUCCUGGAUCGCGAACAUGUUAACACUUACACUUGGGCCCAACUUCUCAGUGGACAAGGGCCACCUGGCGUGCUUCGCCGCAUGAUUCUUGGUGCAUGGAUGCAAGCGAUGAACCAGAUUUCCGGAAUCAAUGUCACAAGUUACUACAUGAGCUACAUCUUCAUCAAUGCCCUCGGUAUUUCGGAGCUUCUCUCGCGUAUUCUUGCUGCCGCUGGUAGUGUUGACUACCUCAUUUUCGCCUGUUUGGCCUACUUCGUCAUCGAACGGUACGGCCGUCGAAAGGUCAUGAUGACUUCCGCGGCCGCCUGUUCCAUCUGUUGGAUCGUCAUUUCCAUUGCUCUAGGCCUCUCCGAACACGGCGGCGAUGAGUACAAACUUGGCAUCGUCGCAGUCUCCUUCUUCUUUGUGUUCUUCGCCAGCUUCGGAAUGGGUGUCCUCGGUGUUCCAUGGCUAUAUCCCACAGAAAUUAACGCCCUUGAGAUGCGAACCAAGGGAGCUUCGUUGGCAAUGUCCACAAACUGGAUUAUGAAUUACAUGGUCGUGCAAGUUACCCUCCCUGGAAUCGACAACCUGGGCUACAAGUUCUGGAUCAUCUGGGCAGUAAUUUGCUUCGCCUUUAUUCCUAUCACAUACUUCUUCUAUCCUGAAACUGCAAACCGCACACUAGAGGAUAUCGAUCGUUUCUUCGAAACCAAGCCAGGCAUCUUCAUCCACAGGAAUAAGCUUGCUGUCCAACUGCAUAGACCGGCAGAGUAUAUUGAAGCCGACGAAAGAAUUGCGGCAAACGAGGGUGGAUUUGGCGACAAAAAGAACAGUUUAGAUACCGAGAUGGUGGAGACUAAGGUAUAA